AUGCGCCUCGAAACCAUUCCCGAGGAGGGCACCGAAGACAACAACCAUGUCGAUCAUUCGGGCCCCGCAAAUCUCAUCUGGGAGAAUACAAUAGGCAGAUACUAUGGUGAACUUCGCAAAGGAGGGAUCGAGCCGUCAGCUAUUGACAAAGAGUUGUGGAAUAUUCAAAGCCCGGAGGAUCUUCUCAACCAGAUUGAGUCGCUCGAAGAAGAAGAAGAACAAGUCUCACAGUCCAUCCCCUUGGCCCGUGCCAUAACCCAAUUGAGGCCUGUACUUACUGCCCUGAACGAUUUUGUUGCCGUUACCUCAUGGGUCAUGGGCACGAAUGCCAAAGUUGCCGCAGUGUUAUGGGGCUCUUUUAGAUUGGUUUUGAAGUUCGCCCAGCCGGUCCUCCCCGAUGUCAUCGCCAUGAUUGAGAACCUAGAGCAAGCGCUGCCUCGAGUGCAACAGUGCGGCAAAGGUCUUCCCAUGGCACAAGAGUUGGAAGGACCACUGUCGGACGUGUAUGGCGAGAUGAUCGCGUUCUGCGCGCAUGCUAUAGUCGUACUUCGCAACUCCCCCGACAUUGGGCGCAACAAGCUGGUGCGAUCUAAAUUCUCCAAAGAUAUAUCUCGGAUUAUCGAAAAUGUCCGAGAAUUUUCCCAACAGGUAGACAAAAUCGCAGGGGCAAUAAGGCUCUUGAGGCAAACAAAGAACACAGACACCAUUGCCGCACCUCAGGGCUCAAAAAUAGCUAAGGAGCCCAAGGAUACCAAACUUCCUUGUUUCAUAGUACCUUAUGGAAUGAACUUGAGAUUCUUUGGCCGGGAGGAUGAGUUGGCUAUUCUGAGACAGACUCUUGAUCCAUCGUUCGGGACCAGGCUACGUGCUAUUCGCGUUCAUGGACUGGGGGGCGUUGGCAAAACACAGUUAGCCCUCCACUAUGCCAAUACGUCUAGAGACAUGUAUGAAAUAAUUGCAUGGAUUUCUGGAGAGACAGAUAUCAGAAUUUUGCAAGGAUUUGCAAGUCUAGCUUCAAGUCUUGGGCUUGUCGAGGAUUCUGACGAAGACAACCAUCGCAGCCUCCAAACAGUGCUCAAAUGGCUCAACAAGACAGAUUCCCCAUUCCUUCUCAUUUUUGAUAACUUAGAAAAGUCCGAGUUUCUCAAUCAAGUGUGGCCGACGAGUGACAAGGGGUCAAUUCUAAUCACUACUCGCUCCCCUUCACAAGCCUGGAAGCAGAACCCGGUCGACCUCGCAUUGAGCCCCUUCUCUAUUGAAGCAAGUAAAGGCGCCUUCAAGUGGUUGUCAGGAGUAGUUCCUGUAGACCAAAAAGACGAAGCGGCCAUGGAAGAAUCCUGUACCCUUAUAGGAGGGUUACCGCUGGCCAUGAUACAGGUUAGCGAUUUCAUUCGCGAUCUUAGCUGCUCAUAUGCAGAGUUUCUGGAGAUCUACAAGAAAUCAGCUGAAAGGCUAUUUCCGAAACUUGACAUUCCCAUCGAUUACAAUGCUACUGCGUUGACAACAUGGGAGGUUUCAGUAGAGAGGUUGUCCGAAGACGCCAAAAAUUUACUAAACCUACUCGUGUUCUUUGACCCAGGCCUCAUCCCCGAGUGCUUUAUCUUUGAUACCAAGGCUGGAAUUGAAGACCCAUGUUACGAAUUUCUAGUGGAUGAGUUCGAGUAG